AUGGAAGAGGGAGGCGAUCGACGACGGAUGAUGGAGGAGGUUGGAGGCUAUUCGACGGAGGUGAGUCGUCGGAGGAUGGAUCGUAGGUUUGAGCGAGAGAGGAAAACAGAGCUUCAAAGGGUAGAACGGGAACCAUGGGUUUGUUACUCAGCUUUAGAUUCGAUAAGUGCUCUCAAGCUUUAUGAGAGAUUGAAAAGUAAACUACCGAAUAGGGAGUGGAAGUUUAAUGGGGUUACAAAGGGGACAUUGUUUGAUUUCUAUGAACAAUAUUGGCGUCCUUGUGGGGAGCUUUUGGUGAAAAUGGAAACCGAAGGGAUGCUGGUUGAUAGGGAUUAUUUGAUGGAAAUUGAGAAAGUGGCAAAAGUGGAACAUCAUAUUGAUGAUGAUAGAUUUAAAAACUGGGCAUCAAAGUUGUGUGCAGAUGCUAAGUUUAUGAAUGUUGGAAGUGAUACACAGUUACGCCAGCUCUUUUUUGGUGGCAUUGAGAACAGCAAAGAUCAAACUCAAUCUCUUCCAAUGGAGAAAGAGUUUAAAGUUCCAAAUGUUGACAACAUUAUUGAAGAAGGCAAAAAAAAACUGCGACUAAAUUCUGUAAAAUCAAACUACAUGCGAUGUUUUUCAGGUCUACAAACAGAAACUUACACAGCAUCUGGAUGGCCUUCUGUUUGUGGGGAUGCUUUAAAAACCCUUGCUGGAAAAAUAUUCAUGGAUUAUGAUUUUAUAGAUGAUGACAAUGCAGAGCUGGAUGAUGAAUUUAUUGAGUUGCCUGAUAAAAACCCGGAAAUUUCUCUAAAAUUUUUGAAAAUUCUUAUGGCACGGCUUAUGAGGCAUUUGAUGUGGGGGGGGGGGGGGGGUCUGAAGGACAGGAGGCUUGUCAUACAAUUGUUACGUUGUGUGAAGUUUGCUCUAUUGGCUCAUUGA